AUGGCCGUUUUACGGUUACUAACGCUAGUAGCAGUGUUAGUGUCGCUGUCAGAAGCCCAACUUGAGGCCGCAUUCCAAGACGAGAGCAAUUUCGAGAACAUCGACAAAUCCGAAGAGAAAAUUGUUCAAACACGAGCUAUUGCCCCUUCCGAAAGCGAGGCUCAGCAAAGUGACGGGAAAUUCAGACUAUAUGUCGGUACGAUUAAUGGCGUUCGAAGGGAGAUUUUCAAUGAGGUGGAAGGCGAAGGCAUGCACGAACCCGACAACAUACCGAAUCCCGCGGAUCCUUGGGGCGCCUAUGACGACAACAACAUCAUAGAAACCGAAGAUGAGAAAAACCUCUUCGUUCCAAAACCAUAUCGUCCUGGUGCUAAAACGUCGACAACAACAACAACAACUCAAAGUCCGACCAUCACGCAACCGCCAACAACCAUACGUACGAUUCCUUUCGUGCAAACCACGCCGCCAACGCGUCAGACGAUUGCACCAGCAGUGCAGCCCACAUUCGGACGUCAGCCAAUUCCACAAACGGUUCCACGAGUAAACAUCGUUACGACGGCACCACCACGACAACCAGUUCAGUCGUUCACCCCUGCUCCUGCUCCAAUCCAACCCCAAUUCCCCCAACAACCCCGACCAGCUCUACCUCCUCAACCACCUCAACCCCAGACGUUCAGACCCAGAACAAGGCGUCCACCCGUCCGACCGCCCACACAGGCUCCUUUCCAACAGCCUCAUCAACAAUUCAACAAUCAACAACAACAGUCCUUCCGUACUCCAGCACCGUUCGUUCCGCAACAAAACUUCCAGCAGCCACAACGUCCUUUCAACGCACAACCUCAUUUUCCAACCCAAUCACCUUUGCCAACACAAGCGCCAUUCCAAUCCCAACAACAGUUCCGUUCACAACAACCAUUCCAUGCUGGACAACCGACAACGCCUGCUCCUCAGCUUCCAUUCGCCACACAACAGAAUCUGCGAACUGGAGUUUGCCCUCUUUCCAUCUUCUACAUUUCAACGCCUAUCAACGGACCUACCAGAUUGUCAUUCACCCACUUUGCUAUCGCUGUCACUGUGGAUCAGUGUGCACGGACAUGUCAUGAAUUCAAUUGUGCGAUAGCACAUUACAACCCAACAAAUGGUCACUGUGAAUUCAAUCCUUCGACCGCGUUCGCCAUUAGAAAUGGACAAUGCCCAGCUUGGCCCAGUCUACAUUACAGGAAUAAUGUCGUUGCCAGCGAACCUGUGCGAAUCUUCUGCGUCACAUGUCAGCGACCUCGACGACGACCAAAUCGACAGAGAAUUAACGGAUUCAGACAACGAAAUCAAGAUGUUCGACAAGGCGCCACUGUGAAAAGAGGGACCUCUCGAAGCUUGAGGAGGAUAAGAAGGCCAUCGAGCACCUUCUCGAACACUCCCGUCAUUCACGGUGUACUCGUAAGGCAACCGAAAGCUAUCGCACUCGGCGUCUCUCAACUAACACUAAGUGCUCCCGUUGAAGAAAAGCAACGUGAGGUAGUUGGCGUCUCGCCGAUUCAGUUCGAAGACGGAGGCGAAGAGACGUUGAUGGAGCAGAGGAGUUCCGCCGGUAAAAGCAAAGUAUUUGGGACGAGUUCAAGUCGCCGAACUGUGUCCUCAGCUGAACAGAACCUCCAAACAUUAGAAAAACAAUAA